AGAUGCGUCCCGACGAGCAGUGCUGACGCACUUCACACAUAUGCUGCUUUAUCCCUCACAAACGCGGCGAGAGGGGUUUGCAGCGCGCGAGAAUGUUUUAUGUGUUUUAUCGCAUCUCUUUGUUACAUGUUAAUAAUCAGCUUGCCAGGUGAACGCGGCGCGAGCAAGACGUAAUGACGUCGCAGCGGGCGGCUGCGCGUGCCCCGCAGGUGAGCCCGCUGGGGGGUUGAUCCCGUGUCCCCCCGGGGGAGCGCUGUCACGGGUUUGAUGAAAGGCUUUAAAGAGGGCGCGCUGAAGAAACCCGGCUUGGAGGCUGAAUGCGCGUCGAGGACCCGUCUGCACGCAGAGGGCGCGUGCAGGUGCACGGCUCCGUGCGGUGAAAGUUCGUCUCGUGCACACUGACUGCGCGCCUGGAGAAGGAGCCUCAUGUUUGAUGUAAGAAGCUCGUUUUGAUGAAAUGCAACUUUGAUGCCGUGAGCAGGAGAUCGCCAGGUGGGGAGAUGAACGUGCCUGUCAUGUGUCCGAGGGUCCGCUGAGGGAGCCGAAACACCUUCGUCACCUGUGUGUGUGUGUGUGUGUGUGUGUGUGUGCGCGCGCCGUGCUGGGCUUCCGGGAAGGACACCGGCGGCGGGUUUGAACCCGGCAUUUCGAAGCCCCGCAGUUUACGCGGAGAGCCGGGAGGGACCCUUGUCCCGGCGCGUGGACCACAGUCAGGGCGAGGGCGGGCUUCUCGUGGGGGACAGCGCGCGACCAUGGCAGCGGUGACAUCGCAGGGGUCCCUCGGAUCGCCGGCUUUUCUGAAGGAGUCCGUCUGAGAAGCGCGGGAUGCCCGCGGCGGCGCGCGACGCGCGGGUCAGCUCGUCCCCGGCGGUAGCGGCGAACGCGGAGGGGGAUGAGAUCGAGGUGCUGGAGAGCAGCGACGUCCUUCCAGCGGCCCCGGAGGACCAAUGGAAAUCUCUUUUCGACAAGUAUGACCCUGAAAGCUCAGGUUUCAUCAGCACAGAGCGCUUCCGGGACCUGCUGGCAGCCCAUGGGUCAGAGCUGGACCCCCACAAGCUGGAGGUCCUGUUGGCACUGGCGGAUGGCAAUGCUGACGGGAAGAUCUGCUACCAAGACUUCGUCAACCUGAUGAGCAACAAGCGCUCCAACAGUUUCCGACGGGCCAUCCUGCAAGGGGGACGCCAGCUCAAGGGGGCCGCCUUGAGAGAGGAGGUGGGCUUGGGCCUUUCGCAGCGGCUGGUGCGCCACAUCGCCUACGAGACACUACCUCGCGAGAUAGACCGCAAGUGGUAUUUCGACAGUUACACCUGCUGCCCUCCGCCCUGGCUCAUCCUGGCUUUCACCAUUGCGGAGGUGGCAGUGUUCGUGUACUAUGGUAUGCAGCUGGACCGCUGGGUGCUGCAGGUGUCCGAUCCUCAGUUCCUCAAGGGGCCUCUGCCAUACCACCCCCAGCUGCGCUCGCAGGCCUGGCGCUACCUCAGCUAUGUCUUCAUGCACGCUGGGAUAGAACACCUUGGGCUCAACAUGGCCAUGCAGCUGCUAGUAGGGGUCCCCCUGGAGAUGGUCCAUGGCGCAGUGCGGAUCGGCCUUGUCUAUGUCUGCGGGGUUCUGGCAGGAUCCUUGGCCGUGUCUGUCACCGACAUGACGGCUCCGGUGGUGGGAUCAUCAGGAGGGGUCUAUGCUCUGGUGUCAGCCCACCUUGCCAACGUUGUUAUGAACUGGUCGGGGAUGAAGUGUCAGUUUAAGCUGUUCCGGAUGGCCAUGGCACUAGUCUGCAUGAGUGUGGAGUUUGGGCGGGCUGUGUGGCUUCGCUUCUACCCCCCAGCCUUCCCUCCUUGCCCCAACCCAAGCUUUGUGGCCCACCUGGGCGGGGUGGCUGUGGGUCUGACGCUGGGUGUGGUGGUCCUGCACAACUACGAGCAGCGGCUGCAGGAGCAGUCCCUCUUCUGGAUCUUCUUCUGUGUCUACAUGCUCUUCGUCCUCUGCGCUGUCUUCUGGAACGUCUUUGCCUACGGCCUGCUGGAUGUCAAGCUACCUCCGUCUCCUUGAACGAGAGAGAGAAACAGAAAGGGAGAGAAAGCAUGUUUGCUGAUGUGGAACUCUGCCCCAGUUUGCAGCUGCCAGGGUGUAAACCAGCGUGGUAUGACCCACUGCCAGGGGUAUAGCCUGUCAUCUCACUCCUGUGAGACACGCCUAGUCUGGCAGCACCUGCUUUCCUCCACAAGGUGCCUAAACACAUCUGCACUUAUUAUGAUGGCAGCAGCAAUGGAUGCGAUGGCAGCGGUGGGGUGUUUAAAGAGGGACGGGACUUUUCUUUCAAAGCCACCUUCUUGAAACACAAGCUCAAACUGGGGUUAUGUAAAAAGUAUAAAUCCAUCAGGUGGUAAAGGACAGACAAGGUGUGGAUCUGUUUUUACCUCACAUGGUUCUGCCAGUGCAUAACGUUAUGUGGUAGAGGCCUGUGUUUUCUGUGCCAUGUAUGAUGAGAAAAAUUAUAUAACAUUUUAUAAAAUCUAGUUUUGAUGCAAACCAAGGUUGCUUCAAAUUAUUAAUGGCAGACAGACAUUAAUUAUCGUGACCUAAAAAAUGUAUGAGUGUGUGUGAAUGUGUAAAUAAUGGCAGUGGACUUUGUGUAUCAAGAAAAUGCUCAUAUUUUGUGUUUAUAAAAAAAAAAAUAAUAAUGAAAAUUGCCAUUUUACCUCUAUGUUCCUGAAUGAUUUGCCAAAAUUAAACUACAGGUGUCAGAAAAAGAGCGGGACGCUUAAACAGAGCUAAUUUCAGUAUUGCAUAUUGUGUUGAAAAUGUGAUUUUCUGCUAAACUGUUCUGCAAAAAGAAAUGAUUGAGACUGAUGACCAAAAGGCUCUGCAAGCUUAAAGUAAUAUGUAAAUGGAGCAUCCUCAGUCAAGAAUGUAGCAGAACAAGUGACGUGCCGUGGUAAAGCGUGUUCUCCGUGUGCUUACUAUGGUGCUGCUCUGUGCUUCAUCCCUCCGUUGAUUUAGCUGCCCUUCAGCUGCGAACCCCUCUAACGUGAGACAUCUACAUGACGUGGGCAUCUGCAGUGCCAGUCCAAAGUAUGAGUACACCUUGGCACCCGAGAAAACACGCGUAUGGGACGAACGGGGCAGACAAAUCGCAGCAAAAUCUUACCCACAAGUGUUCUACAUCUCUGGGAAUUGCUGCAGAAGACCUGAGAAGACAUGGUCACUCAUUACCUGAUCGAACUUGUAAACCAGAUGCCUUGUGAGAGGAAAAAAAAAAUUGUUUCCAGCAAGUGCACUCUGAGUUUUGACUGGUACUGUAUAUGUUUCUCUCAUCUAAUGAAUAAUACGACAGGUGUCAGAAAUAAACGCUGAAAAGCGUAAUUUGACCACACCCUACUAAGGAACAAGUACGGCGCUACAAACGUUAAGUCGCACGACAUCGUAAUAAAGAGGACAUGAACGUCGCGUUCUCAUCUUAACAUGGUCAUUCAUACAAGACUAACGGUAACAAGUGGUACGUUUUACAUAAAUACCAUACGCUUAACAUCUAGAGCAUACGGUUUUCGUAUCUGGAGAUUGCAUUUAAGGGCUAUGACACCAAGUUUGGAGACUAUUUUUAACAUGUGCAUAUUUUGUAGACUUGGUAUGUAAAUAUUGGAAUACAUUAAACAGUUUUCUAAUUUAAAAA